GCGCCAGGCGGGGUGGGGGGGGCAGCUGGUGGCGGCAGCAGUGGCCGCACAUCUGGAUGGAAGCGAGCUUUGUCCAGACCACCAUGGCUCUGGGGCUGUCCUCCAAGAAAGCGUCUUCCCGCAAUGUGGCCGUGGAACGUAGGAACCUGAUCACCGUGUGCAGGUUCUCUGUGAAAACGCUGCUGGAGAAAUACACAGCGGAGCCCAUCGAUGACUCAUCCGAGGAGUUUGUGAAUUUUGCAGCCAUCUUAGAGCAGAUCCUCAGCCACCGCUUCAAAGCCUGUGCCCCAGCAGGUCCGGUGAGCUGGUUCAGCUCAGACGGGCAACGGGGCUUCUGGGACUAUAUCCGGCUGGCCUGCAGCAAAGUGCCCAACAAUUGCGUAAGCAGCAUCGAGAACAUGGAGAACAUCAGCACAGCCCGAGCCAAGGGCCGGGCGUGGAUCCGGGUAGCACUGAUGGAGAAACGAAUGUCAGAAUAUAUCACCACAGCUCUGCGGGACACCCGGACCACCAGACGUUUCUAUGACUCUGGAGCCAUCAUGCUGCGGGAGGAAGCCACCGUCCUCACCGGGAUGCUGAUCGGACUGAGCGCCAUAGACUUCAGCUUCUGUCUCAAGGGCGAAGUGCUGGACGGGAAGACCCCCGUGGUGAUCGAUUACACACCCUACCUAAAGUUCACCCAGAGCUACGACUACCUGACGGACGAGGAGGAGCGGCACAGCGCCGAGAGCAGUACGAGCGAGGACAACUCGCCCGAGCACCCGUACCUGCCGCUCGUCACCGACGAGGACAGCUGGUACAGCAAAUGGCACAAGAUGGAACAGAAGUUCCGCAUCGUCUACGCGCAGAAGGGUUACCUGGAGGAGCUGGUGCGCCUGCGCGAGUCGCAACUGAAGGACCUGGAGGCGGAGAACCGGCGGCUGCAGCUGCAGCUGGAGGAGGCGGCGGCGCAGAACCAGCGCGAGAAGCGGGAGCUGGAAGGCGUGAUCCUGGAGCUGCAGGAGCAGCUGACAGGUCUGAUCCCCGGUGACCACGUUCCCCUGGCCCAGGGUUCCAAAGACCUCACCACGCCCCUGGUCAACCAAUGGCCAUCCCUGGGAACGCUCAGUGGGGCAGAGGGCAGCAACAACCCCAAGUUGUACCGGAGACACAGUUUCAUGAGCACGGAGCCACUGUCAGCUGAAGCCAGCCUGAGCUCGGACUCCCAGCGCCUGGGAGAGGGCAAACGGGACGAGGAGCCCUGGGGUCCCAUCGGGAAGGACCCCACGCCCUCCAUGCUGGGCCUCUGCGGCUCCCUGGCCUCCAUCCCCAGCUGCAAGUCCCUGGCGAGCUUCAAAUCCAACGAGUGCCUGGUGAGCGACAGUCCAGAGGGCAGCCCGGCACUGAGCCCCAGCUGAGGAGCGGCGUGGGCAGUGCUGGCCCCCCUGCCAGGGGUACAGGCACAGAGUCCCCCAAUCCAGGCCACUCUUCCAGAGAACUUUGGCCACCCAGCCAUGGGUCUCUUGCCAAAGGCACCCUUUGCUUCUUGCCUGUUUUAACUUUCUGCCUAAGGGAGCAGGAGCUGCAAAGGGAAGCUGCCUGGGCCGGGACGCAGGGGCACCACAGGCUACGGGGUGCACGGGGAAACCUUGUACCAUUCUUCUGGGGACCCUGGCACCUGACUGGCUUCCUACCGGACUCUUCUUCGCUCAUCCCCACCGCCCUCCUCAGGAGCUGAUGGCCCAGCCUCAGCACCCCACCCCCCUGCCUCUCCAGUCCGACCCUGUGUAUGCCCCAGAGUCACUCCAUCCUCGGCCCCAGGGCAGGGGCUCUGAGGGGAUCCGGCAAAUAAAAACCAGAAGACUGA